AUGUCUAAUAGUAGUGGCAAAGCGUUUUCAGACAUAGAUGAUUAUUCAGAUCAAGGGGUACCAUCUUCUGAUUUUCAUGUUGUUCCCUCUACUGGUUCUCAGUCUUUUGAAAAUGAAGGUGGUGAUAUCAAUGAAAAGUUGAUUAUAGGGGAGGAAGAAGAAGGAGAAGAAGAAAAGAUAAAGCCAAUCGAGUGGCAUCCAGCUUUGGUCAUGACCGGCAACUUGCUGAAGAAACUCAUGUCGCCUAUAUUGAAGGUCCUCUUUGCACCUCAAGCUCAGAGAACCUUUAUUAAAACAUUUGUUGUCGUUAUUCUUGUCGCUUGGAUUCUCUUGACUAGUUUUACGGCCUACAUCACAUUUUAUCAACGUUAUAUACCAAAGAACGCUCACGUUGAACCUAUUUACUUUCAGUACGAAAAAGAUUCUCAACCUCAAGCAUUUAUUCAUUUUAUGCAGCCCGACAGUAAUAGCAUGCCAUUAAGAGGUGAUCAAGCUUAUGAUGUAUCUGUUCAACUCCAUGUACCUACUUCAGAUAUAAACUUUGACAUUGGUAACUUUAUGAUACAUGUAGACCUGCUAUCUCAAAAUGGAACAGUAUUAGCACAGUCUAGUAGACCAGCCAUCCUAAGGUAUCAAUCAAACACUCAGCGCAUCCUUCGUGUCUUUGCAAAGGCUAUACCACUACUCAUUGGCUGGACAGAGGAGAGUCAACGUAUUAACGUACAUCUAAUUGAAGAAUUUAUUGAAAAGAAGGCAUUGCCAAUGACUCAUGCAAGAGUAGCACUAUCUACUCCUAAACUACAACUCUAUGAUGCUCAUCUAAGCGUUGUUGCAGAUUUCCGUGGCUUGAGAUAUUACAUGUACCACAGACGAAUCACAACAGCAUUCGUAUUCAUGAUCUUAUUUACAGUCAUUGAGCUGAUUUGUGCUUCAAUCGCAUGGAAAGCAUUCGGAAAGAAUCUCUGGGAUAAAUUACAUGAUGCAUUUGCUAUGGAACCCUUGACAGCAGAGGAGCUGCCUCAAGAUCAACCUCAGCAAGAAACAUCAACUCAAUCCCAUCACACAGAUGACGAUGAAUACUUGACUGAAGAAUAA